ACCAUCGAUGACACCGUCGCUGAUAAUGUCAAUGAUAUUACGGUAAUUGAUGUACAAAACACUAGUCACGAGUCCGUCGAAUCGGUUCCCGAAUCACCCGUUAUUGUGGCCAAGAAGAGGGUGUCGGCGAGGAAUGGACACAGAAAACGCAUUGGCUCGAAGUUUAUUCAGUUCGAAGCGGACGUGGAGUUGGACUCGAGUAAGGCCUUCAGCGACGACAUUGAGGACACACAGCGGGAACUGUUGGACUUCGGGUCGCAGUUGAGUUGCAUCGACGACAGGGAAGUGAUGGACACACAACCGGCCAAUCGGUUGAUCGGCGAUAUCGACAGCCGCGCCGCCCGUGACAUGAAAUCAGUGUAUUUGCGGUCAAUCGCGGGCCGAAGUGUCGGCGGUUGCCAUAAAUUCAAACUGCAAUACAAUUACGACCGCAAUAUCGAUGUCUACAGUCAGGCGCCCACCGAAGAGGAGCUCCAGGACUACGAAAUGGACAGCUUUUGCGUUCCCAACGAUUGCAUUGAUUUCGUUGACUCCGAUGUCGAAGUGGACGCUAAACCCGAGCGACGGCUGCCAUCAAAACGGCGCAAGAAAUUCAAACGAAUUCAGGCAAACUUCAGCCCUUAAGAAGUGGAGGAAUAUGUUUAGCCAUUAAUUAUAUCAUUUUUAUAUACAUGUAUGUUUUGUAUAAGUUAUUUGAAUGCAUUAUAAUAUAUGAAUGGCAUAUAAUCUGUAUAUUA